AUGGAACGAAACCGAGCUGGAGGUCUUUCUUAAAAUCUUUAGGCAACAGCAAUUAGCGGGAGUUGGAAGGAUGUAGGAAAUAUUAAAGCAACUUGGAUAUCAGAGAACAAUCACGAAUUUGUUGUCAAUUUAUAAAAAAGUAAAGAAAUCUAUGAGGAGUAGAAUAAAAACUUCCUGGAAUCCAAUCAAAAUUGUACAGCUCACGAUUUGUAUUUGAUUUUAUAAGAUCAUUAUGAAUAAAGCGAGAUAAUCAAUUACGACAGAGCUUUGAUUAAAAAAAUCAAGAAAAAUUAGAAUUGUCGUAAGUCGAUUCCUCAAAAAUUUGAAGUCAUUAAAAAUGAAAUCGAUUUGACUUAUUAUUUUACAGAAACUCAAUGCAAUACCAAUAGAUGCAUGAACAGAGGCUAAGAAAUUAGUUAGAACUUCUGCAAGUGGAUUCAACAUGAAUAUUUCUAUUCUCAUUUAGAUUAUACUUAUUUUAGCCUAAAUGAAUUUCAGCAGAUGCUGAACAAGGCUAAUGUGCAAUUGGGUAAGAAAUCCAUAUCAGAAUGGAGAUAGAUAAAAAUGGCAAUAGGAUAACCAAGAAGAUUCUCAUUUUAUUUUUUAUAAUAGGAGAUGAGCAAAUUGGCCAAGUACCGAUCAGUGAUACGGAAUUACUUGUUUGAUCAAAACUACCCAGUUCACAGGGAUAUAAAAAAUUUAGAUUUAAUUCGAGACAUAGUAAGACUUGCCCCCUUCAGCAAUGGACAAGUUGUAUACGCCAUUCAUCCAGAGUGUAAACAUGUGCAUCCAGGAUAAAUAGUGUCCACUAACCUACCUAGCAUUACGAUUAAAUUCAUGUAAUCUGAAUUGGGAGUCCACAAGAUUUUUGAUUAGAAUAUCCAGCUGGAGGAGAAGUUUCUAAACAAAUAGUUGAGUGAUGAGCGAUUUGAUAUGUAAUAGUAAAUGAGUUUGAAUCUCUCUAAUGAAAAUAAGAAUACUUUGAUUUCAAGUAUCGUAUAAGAAUUUGAUUACUUUGCUGCCUCCUUUAUGAUCAGGAUUCUCUAAAGGAAAUAUGCUCUGGUGGGUUAUUUGAAGUAACUAAAUUAAAGAUUGGAAUAGGAUCCAGCCCUUAAAAAUGAUCCAGACUUUAAAGCUCAAUAUGGAUGGACAUUCUAGCAAAUAAGAAAUUUUGAUUCAGCCUCUAAACAUGUUAUGACUAAAUUCAGAAUGAGAGGUUUGAAUGGCUACUGUAUUUAUAUUUUAAUGAUCACUAUGCUAGCUCUUAAAUAGGUGAACAACAAUCUUGAUAAGGUGUUGAGCAUGCCAUUAGCCUAUAUGGAGAGAGAACUAGAUCAAAAUAAUACUCGAGUUGAAGAGGAGAAGAAAAAUUAGGAGAUCAAAUAAAUUAUACAUAAAUAAUAGGAUGAAAAGAUUAAUUCACAAUUGAAUCAAUUACUGAAUUCAAAGUUUUAAUUCCUAGAGAAUGAUCAAUCAUAUAAAUCAUUGAUUUCCUCAUUGUUUGGUUUGCUAUUCACAUUAAAUAAUAAUUCGGAUUUGAAUAUGAACACGAACAUCUAUUGGUAGACUCUAAAAUAAAACAUAAAAGAUUCACAUCCUGAAUAAUUUUAAGAAAUUCAAGAUUCCAUACUAAAAAUAGUUGGUAAUUAAAGUAAAUGA